AUGGCCACAAAUGAUACUAAUUCACACGAGCAAAAGAGCAAUUUCGAAGACUUUGGACUCGAUUCCCGCCUUCUACGUGCCCUGUCCAAACUUUCUUUCGUUAAACCAACAUUAGUACAAUCCCAUAUUAUCCCCUUGGCACUUUCCGGAAAGGACAUACUUGCAAGAGCUCGGACUGGCAGUGGUAAGACAGCUGCAUAUUCACUGCCUGUAAUACAAAAGAUAUUAAAAGCGAAGGAGAAUGCAGAUUAUGACUCUUCCUCGGCAACGCGGGCUUUGAUCCUUGUUCCUACACGUGAGCUUGCAGAACAAGUCACGAAACAAGUGAAUAAAAUGUUGAUCUACUGUUCAAAGCAACUAAAAAUUGUUAAUGUUGCUGGAAAUAUGCCUGUUCAAUUACAAAAGCCAAUUUUGGCCGAGGAGCCAGAUAUAAUAGUAGCCACACCAAGUAAAGUAGCAGCGCAUCUUGAAUCACAGAAUCUCGACAUCAGAAAUAGUUUAGAAACGCUUGUUAUAGAUGAAGCAGAUCUAAUACUAUCGUAUGGCUAUGAAGAAGACUUGCAGAAAAUACUUUCAUACUUACCGAACGUGUAUCAAAGUUUUCUAAUGAGUGCUACGAUGACAAAGGAUGUCGAAAGUCUUAAGAAGUUGAUAUUGCGGGAUCCGGUGAUUUUAAAUUUAGAAGAAGAUAAAGACGAAUUGGCUCUUCUAACACAGUAUUGUAUUCGAUGCUCUGAAAUCGAUAAAUUCCUUUUGAUCUAUGUUAUUCUGAAACUCCGCCUCAUCAAAGGAAAGUGUAUACUGUUUGUCAACGACAUAGAUCGGUCAUAUCGAUUGAAAUUAUUUUUGGAGCAGUUUUCAAUACGCAGCUGCAUAUUGAACUCUGAACUGCCUCUGAACUCGAGGUAUCACAUUGUGGAAGAAUUUAAUAAAGGGAUAUAUGACUACAUAAUUGCAACGGAUGAAGAUGAGCUCAAGGGAGAAAGAGACGAGGAAGAUGAAACACUAGAUAAUAACAAUAGUGAGGCAUCCAAAGGCACAAAAUCUUCUCGUCGUAAACGCGAUACGGAAUACGGCGUCUCGCGUGGGAUUGACUUUGUCAACGUUUCGGCAGUAAUAAACUUUGACUUUCCAACAACUGCAAAAUCGUAUACCCAUCGAAUAGGUCGCACAGCUCGAGGAGACAAAUCAGGGAUGAGUUUAUCUUUUAUUGUUCCAAAAGAGCUUUAUGGGCAACAUAAAGCUGUUGGCUGUUCUACUGCAGAACGUGAUGAAGAGAUCUACGCAAGAGUCGAAAAACAACAGAGAGAGAAAGGUGCCGUGAUUAAACCAUAUGCGUUUGAUAUGAAACAGGUUGAGGGAUUUAGGUAUAGGAUGGGAGAUGCGUUGAAGGCUGUUACCAAGGCUGCAAUCAAGGAAGCAAGACAGAAAGAAGUGAAACAAGAAAUAUUAAAUUCAGAAAGGUUAAAGUCACAUUUCGAAGAUAAUCCAAAUGACCUGAAUUUUCUGCGACACGACAAAGUUCUUCAUCCAACGCGUAUACGACCACAUAUGAAACAUAUUCCGUCAUACUUGAUGCCAAAAGUAGCUUACUCUGCUGUAAAUGAGCAAAGUGAAACUUCGGAUGUUGGUCAUGUCUACUUUCGUGGGAACUCUUCAAAUAAACAUCGAAAAGGACGUAAAGGUUAUGGACAGAGACAGAAAAAUGAUCCAUUGAAGACUUUCAGUGCAGGAAAGUCAAAUAGAAUAAGAAAACGACAGAAAACUUCGUGA